AUGUCAGGCAAGCUGCUUCUGCAGUGCUUGCAACAAUUCCUGGAGAAACAGCAACUUCAGGAAAAGAUUGUUAACCUGGCUUCCCAGCUUGGUGUUGGGCCUGAUGGAGACAGCGCAGACCUCCUCGCUAAGAUCAACUCUCUGGUGACAGAAUCAGAGGGAAGGAGGCAACAGGCAGAGAAGAAGGCCAAGGCUUUCCAAGAUCGGUUCCUGGACUCAGAGAUCGAAGUCCAGAUCUUGAAGAUGGAACUGGCAGAGGCCAGAAAGCAGAGAGAUGCUGCUUUAAAAAAUCUUCAGGAUAUGACUUGGGAGCCAGUUGAGAUCUCUUCUCCUGCCAAUGGAGCAGCUACCAGAGUCUCUUGUCUGUUGUCGGCCAGGUAUUCUGGAGACAACCAUCAGUCACUGUCUUCGGCACCAUUAGACCAUGGAGUAGCAUCCAUCCCAGCAUACAACCCAUCAACACCAGACACAGCACCAUACAACCCAUCAACACCAGACACAGCACCGUACAACCCAUCAACACCAGACACAGCACCUUACAACUCAUCUACACCAGAAACCGUACCUUGCAACUCAUCUACACCAGAAACCGCACCUCACAACUCAUCUACACCAGACACAGCACCUUACAACCCAUCUACACCAGAAACAGCACCAUACAACCCAUCUACACCAGCAACAGCCGCCAUUGACACCUUGUCAUUACCCCUUUCACAACCGGCACCUAGCCCACAGGUCAGUGGUUCAGGAGCAGCAGUUGGUACCCCUCCAACAGUACCUCUCUCUGCUCAAGCCCCUGCAGUGGUUCACCAUAAAACACCAAACACAGUCUCACGAACUACACCAGUGAGCCCAGCUGUUGGUGUUGCCACAUCUCCUUCCAGCGGUUCAACUGCUCCUGCCCUUGUCCCGGCAUCUUCCUUCGUCCAGGCAUUGGGCGAUCUGAAGUCCUUCCUUCCAGGAGGUGGGGAUGUCUUCCUGGGCAGCGGAGUAAACGGAACAGUCCAUCUCUUCCGUCAUCGUGUGACCGAUCAUCCCAUCGCAUUGAAGACCUUCGAGCUCCCCAACGAUUUUGAGGAGAUGACUAAGAAGGUCAAGGUCAUCCAGUCCGAAGCUUUCAUCCUCGAUAUUCUUGGCAGAGAGGAGUGCUUCCCGACUUUCCUUGGAUGCUUGGAGAUCAGCACAGGAACGAUUGGCCUUGCGAUGGAUUUCAUCGGGGACACGACUACGGGUGAGAGCUGGACACUCAGCCGCGGCAUGAGAGAGUUAGUACUGAGUCAACAAGAAUGGUUCAGUCUAGCUCUCGACAUUGCCAAGUCACUUGGGGUGAUUCAUGAGAAAGGCUUUUUGAUGAACGACCUCAAGGAAGACAACUGCUUGCUUCGUAAGGCUACAACUGGGCGAUGGCAGGCAGUUAUCGUAGACUUUGGGCUGGCUUGUUCCCGAACCGAACCCUUCUCCUUCUGCUUUUCCAUCGAAGAUAAGGAGAAGUACCAAAGAAAGGAGAUCUAUACCCACAUUGCCCCAGAAUGCGCCCUCGAUGACCAUCCUAUCUCUGUCUCGAGCGACGUGUUCCAGCUCGGCCGUCUGCUGACCAUGAUGGGAGAUCGUACGAACACCGCCGAUCUCACCGCCAUCGGGAACAUCUGUCGGCAGCCUACCCACCUCUGCCGACCCACCAUCGACGAGAUCGUCGACGAGCUCGAGAGGGUAAUGUAGGCACACACUGCAUUUCAAGAGAUAUCAAAUCAUAUCCCCAGUUCACAUAUUUCUAAACACAUUUUAAAAACACGUUUGAAGUAAUAUGCCAUUUGGAUUAAAAGCUAUAUAAAGUAAGCUUAUUUCAAUUUCACAUCUUAUUCAAGACACAGCUGCAUAUUUACAGGAUGAUGUUUUUUUUAUAACUUUGAUAAAUUUUGUAUUCAGAAAAAUCUCGUUUUCAAACUUUAUUGAAAUCAGGAAAAUUACAUGCCUUUUUUCAUCUUGCAUCACACAUGCAGUAGAAACACUAAACACGCAGUAGUAAAACUAAAGGGCAAAAUGAACGAACAAACAAUCACUAAAAUGAUUAGUUCAUUAUGAAUUCAUUCUUUAAAGUGUAAAAAAAAAUC